GAUAAUAAUAUUAUCCCGCGCGGUGUGAGACAAAUAAAGAAAGAAAGACCGAACCCUAACUAUGUCGCCGAAAAUGAGAUCGAUCUUUGCUCAGGUACAUCGUAAAUCGGUUUCGAUGGGGUCUCGCCGGAAUUUCUCUUCAUCCGCAGGUGACAGGAAAGCUUCUUCAGAGUCGAACGUUGCUGGUUUUGAGAUGGCUAAUGAGUUUAGCUUUGUCGAUUCGGUGAAACUUGGAUUAUUUGCUUGGGGAUCUUUGGGGAUGUACAAGCUUUAUAAAUACUACUAUCCCAAGUUGCUGAUAUGUCAGGAAGAAUAUAAAAUCCUGGUACAACGUCAGCACGAACUGUAUGCGCAGAUCAAGAUGGAUAAUAAUUCUCGCAAGCCUCACUUUGAAGAAAUGUUUUAUGCUGUGAACAUCGAACAAAAUAAUGAAUAGAUGCUUGCAUUGUUUUUUGUCGUUUGUUUUCUGUAAUUUGCACCUUCUGUUUGUUUGCUCUUCAUCUCUCUCUUGAAGAAUGAUGAUCCCUAAUGUUUUCAUUUUAAGUGUUGGCCUAAACUAUUUGAUUCUCAGUGAUAUGUGAAAUUCUGGCCUUUGAUCUU